AAACACUACAAACACCGCCCUACGCGGGCAGCCCCGUACAGUAAAACGAACCACACUGCUAUCUACUGACAGUGACGGGGCUAACUAAAGGCUAACGUUACUCAUAAUGAACAACGUGUUUCAGGAAGAAGUUGGCGCCUGAAGCCCCGUAUGCCAUUAGCUAGCGCGCUAACUGCAAGUAUGCAAGAUAGUCCACUGAAACAAAUUUCCUCCUAAUCGUCGUUCAAAUAAUCCAAAAUGAAUGACAUGGAAUUCAGUGUCCCCCUGUCCUCCCUGGCUCUCCUGGUCCCACCACUCCGCCUUAUGUCAGCUGUGAUGUGGGAAGUGGUCCGCCAGCGGAACGUAAAGCACUAUGGGAAACUGGAGGAGUUUGUGUCCAUGGUAACAGAUGCAGUACCUGAGCUGAUGAGUAAAAGAGAAGGAAGGCUGCUCUCACUGGGCCUAAGGGCCAGGACGACUCUUGAACUGCUGCGGUCUGAACACCCUGAGGACCUGAAGGCUGUUGAGACCCAUCUCAACAGAAUCCGAUCAUCUUGCAUAGAGGAGACAAAUGAUCCUGGAACUGAAGCACCUGAAGAAAACUUCAUGAAGAUGGUACAGAGUCUUAUCGAAGACACUAAUGAUAGAGCACAUUUCCUCAAGAAUGUUUUUCCUGUGGAAUAUGGCCCUGAUUUUGACACAGCCCUUGAAACUUUGGUUUGUGAGUUCUUCACUAGACUUGAAGAGUUGCUGCCAAUACCAGAUUUCAAACAGACUGCUUCCUGGAUCAGUGCUGCCCCCUCUGUCCUUGAGGAGUACAUGCAGUGUGUCUCCAACGGAGAUGACCUUAAAUUUCUUCUCCAGAGUAAACAGUGCCAUGGGAAGCUAGCAAAAAGUAAUGUUGCUCCAUUUCAGUCUGAUGAUCUUCUAAUACCCUCACUGUCCCUCCCGCCAUCGCUGGAAGUGGCCAUUGCCUCACAUCCAAGUGCUUGUGAUGAUGAAAAUAAUGACGUUCCUCAAAUUGUCAUGUUUGAUGAAGAACUGUCAACAAACCCAUCCACCUCUACUGAUUUCCCCGAAUCCCCAAAAAGGACUGAGCUCUCGUCAUCUCCUCGUCGAAGACAGCAGUCAGGAGUUCAUAAAUGUGCGGAGUGUGACAAAUGUUUCAAACAUCAUUCUGUCCUCAUCGAACACCAGAGAGUCCACAGUGGGCUGCAGCCUUAUAACUGCUCUGAGUGUGGGAGAGCGUUCAGAACAGCCACUCUGCUUGCCGGCCAUAGGUUGCGGAAGUGCAAAAAUGCAGCAUAUUUGUGUAUUAAAUGUGGGAACAGUUUCCCGACAUCACUGGACAAAUUCAGACAUCACUGCCCAAAACGGGGCCGGAGCCAUGACUGUGGACACUGUGGAAAGAGUUUCCAAAAGUCCAGCAGCUUAAAAGAGCACCUGCUGACUCAUGUUCAGAGUCGCCUCUUCAAGUGCAGCCACUGUGGAGCUGGUUUUUCAGGAAUCGGUGACCUGAAGUAUCAUCAGCAGAUAGAUCAUGAUAAGCCCUAUGAGUGCAAGCAAUGUGGGAAGAGUUUUAUUUCCUCUAAGUGUCUGUCCAAACAUCAGCAGCGCCACGAAGAAGUCAGUGAAAUGGAGGCAGCAAAGUUAAUGAGUGGAAUUAAACACAGGAAAAGCAUCAUACUUCAUCGCACAUGCUCAACAUCCCUGUCGUCCAGGAAAACGACCCUCAAAGCUGCCUACCCACGAGGACGAGUCACCCACAACUGUCCGCUAUGUGGGAGGAGCUUUAAAUAUCGCUUUGAGUUUCUGGAACACCAGCGGUUCCACACUGCAGUGAAGCCUUACAAAUGCUCUCAGUGUGGAAAAGCCUUCAGAACAGAGGCUCACCUGUCAGGCCACAGGAAGAGAAAGUGCAAGAACGCCGCCCACAUUUGCACCAAGUGCGGUUGCCAGUUUAGGUCUCUACACGAACGCGUCAGACACCAGUGUGUGCAGCUGCUGACAAAGUACGAGUGUUCUCACUGUGGAAAGACUUUCAAGAUGGCCCACCUGCUGAGGAACCAUCAGAUGAGUGAACACCAGCUCCCCUACAGUCCAAACCAUCGCUUCAGGUGCAGAUACUGCGAUGAGACUUUCCCUGGGAUCAGUGAGCUCAAGUACCACCAGAGAGUGGACCACGACAAACCCUAUCAGUGCCAGGAAUGCGGCAAGUGUUUCCUGUCUGAAAAAUGCCUGUCCAACCACGAGCUGCGCCACAAUGAUGACAGACCAGAGAGCUGUCUGGUGUGUGGUCGCGGCUUCAGAAACCGCUACGAUUUAAAACAGCACAUGCGCACACACACGGGAGAACGACCAUACCAGUGCACUCACUGCUCACAGUGUUUCUCCACAUCUGGAGGACUGAGGAGUCACACCCGUGUUCACACAGGAGAGAAGCCGCACAUUUGCCCAGAUUGUGGGAAGGCGUUUUCCCAGAUGGGCGCCAUGCGAACCCAUAGGCUCACCCACACAGGAGAAAGGCCUUUCAAGUGCACAGUGUGUGGCAAAGGGUUCACAAUGGCACACAAGGUGACGGUCCACAUGCGUGUACACACUGGGGAAAGGCCGUACGUCUGCUCACAGUGUGGAAAAGCCUUCUCAGAUGGAAGUGUACUCAAACAACACAUGCUGAACCACUCAGGGGUGAGACCGUACCACUGCCAGAUCUGUCCGAAGACCUACACCUGCCUGAACCACCUGAGGAGACACCUGAAGAGUCACUCCAACAUGAACUGAGUGGGACAGGGAGACAAAGUGGACACGAGUCACCUGACACAGAUGACAGAUAGCAAUAGGUCAGCAAUAUAUGGACAGAAUGAUGAGUGGUUAUUAUUGAAACUGAGGGGAGGAGCUAAACUUCUUCAUUGUAAAGUAAAUGUCGUGGAAAUCGCCGUUUGACAAAGACAAUGUAAACUUUUCACAUCAGCACAAAUACGUCUCAUUCUUCAACCUCAUUUCCCACCAACUAGUUUUAGGUUUGUUUUUAUCUCGGUUCCAUGUGCAUGUUUCUGUUAUGGCGUCACGGUGGAUAUUGUGGAUGCAGGUACUGUAUGCUCAGAAGCCCUAAUGUUUGUGAAAAUAUAUUUUUGGCCUCGAGAGUAAUAGAGGUGAAAACGUUUUUGUAAAUAUGCUGAAGGACAAUUCUUGAGUGCAACAUUAAAGUUAUUCCGAACGAUAAUUUGAACAGGACAUAAUUUAAUUUCCUUUAGUCUUUUUGUACUCUGUUGUUUGCGAGGUUUAUGAGUUUCAAAUUAAAUCACCUUGGUUCAA